AUGUCGUCCCUGGCGGGCACCGCGUCGCACCACAACGGCUAUGUCUUCCUUCACAGCAGGGUACCGCCAUCGAACCGGUCGUUCCCGGCCCGACCGACGUCGCCGCUACAGCGCGCGCUGACGUUGCAGCUCUUCCCCGUCGGUGUAACCGUGAACUGGGCGUGGUCCGACGGGGAGCACGGAGGACCGUGGCGCGUGCAUCGCUCAAGGACGACCGUGUUAGACGGCGCGAAGGAGCCGGAGGAGGGAUACUUCGCCACGGCGUUCAGCGCGCGGAACGGGGUGCUGGAGUUGCCCGAGGUGACGUUGAAGAACGUGAAAUGGGUUGCGCAGGCGCUUCGAGAGCAUGUUACGUCGCCAACGCCGACGGGAAAAGACACGCGGGACCCCAGAAUCUACCUGUACGUCUGCACGCACGGGACGCGGGACUGUAGAUGCGGCGACAUGGGCGUCGCUGUCCUCCGCGGUUUGCGGGAAGAGAUCUCGAAACGCGGUGUCGCUGACCGGGUGUCCGUGGCGGAGGUGGCGCAUGUUGGCGGUCACAAGUACGCGGCGAAUGUCCUCGUGUACCCACGAGGUGACUGGCUUGCGGACGUGUCUGUGGAAGACGUCCCCGGGAUCCUGAACCGCAUCCUUGAUAGCCCUCCACACGCGUCGCCGGACGACCCGCCAUUAUGUCCCCAACAUUGGCGUGGGCGGAUGGGGCUUGCUAAGGAGGCCCAGCUCGCGCUGUAUGCUCGAUAUCUCCAGUCAUCUAAUUGA